ACCAUUCAACACCAAAUGAAUCACACACAAAUAACUAUAUAUAGAUGGGUAUGGAGCUUUACAAGCUAGUUUUGUUCACUGCUGUUUUGAUGUUGGCAGUCUUGGCCUCGAUAUCCGAGGCCGGGCAGCUUGUGGUAUAUUGGGGUCAAGGUGAUAAUGAGGGUGAUCUUAUAGAUACAUGUAACACUGGAAAGUAUAAUAUAGUUAACAUUGCUUUUCUCUCUCAAUUUGGGAAGGACCAACCUCCUAUGAUAAACCUUGCUAGUCAUUGUGAUGCCAGGGUGCCCACCGGGUGUCAAAAGUUUAGCGAUGACAUCGAUAAUUGUCAAAGACAAGGGGUGAAGGUCAUGCUCUCGAUUGGGGGUACCUCCGAUACCUAUUCAUUGUCAUCAGAUGAUGAAGCUAGACAAGUGGCUGAUUACAUAUGGGACAACUUCCUUGGUGGCCAGUCAAGUUCUAGGCCACUUGGUGACGCGGUCCUAGACGGUGUAGACUUUGAUAUAGAAAAAGGUGAGUCACAUUACAUCGCUCUUGCUAAUAGGCUACGCGAACAUGGUCAAGGUGGUGGUAAAAGGAUUUACCUAACGGCAGCACCGCAAUGUCCAUUUCCAGAUGAAAAGCUCAAAGAUGCACUUAGUGCCAACGUAUUCGACUAUGUUUGGGUUCAGUUCUACAAUAACCCUACAGCUCAAUGUGAGUUCAAAUCCAACGACUUCGAUAGCUUUAUGAGGUCGUGGCGUCAAUGGGCAUCCUCACUAUCUUCUAGUGAGUUAUUUAUCGGAGUACCAGCAUCGGUGUCCUCUGAAUGCGCGAGUAGUGGGUACGUACCAGAGCAAGAAUUGAUUUCAAAAGUUAUACCGUUUGCUAGACAAUCUCCAAACUAUGGAGGUGUCAUGCUUUGGAAUAGGUACUUUGAUGCUAUAAACGGAUAUAGUGAUGCCAUUAAGAGCACUGUUUAAUUAAUAUAUAUGUUGCCUAUGUAACAACAUUAAGCAUAUGUAUCUUUUCAUCAAUCUGAAUAAACACCUUAGGGUCAUGGUAUAGAAGUUAUUGAGACUUA